CGGAUCUUGACAAUGGCUGAAGCGAAACGCACCACUCCCGGUGCAAUGCGCUAUCGACAGCGAUAGCGGACCUCGGUGGAGAGUAGGUAUUUCGCUUGGCAGCAGAACGAAGGCAGGAAGGAAGGAAAGAAAGAAAGAGCUUGCAGUUGGUUUUCGGAUGAAGAACAAUCGUUAGCAAGAGCAUAGUUUGUGCUAUGUUACUGUUUUGAACGUUUAUGAGCAUCUCUUCUCUGCGUCAAGUGGAUAUUUAUGUGGUUACAAUAUGCAGCGAAGACCCUCGACGAAGUGUUGAGUUACGACAACCUAGGUGUCAGCGCGCGAUGACGACGCAGCCGUGAAGAUCAAAUCUAAAAAGAAAGGUGACCAAAAAACAUGCGUCUAGUGGACGUGACGACUUCGUCGGCCGGAACGAGCCAAUUGUUCGGUGUUUGGGCAUUGCUAUUAGGCACUGUGGUUUUCGCUGACAUUACGUCUGUGCUCGGCAUCCAACCUUCCGGUGAUUACCCCCUGGCGCAGCACAAGGAUGGUUCUGGUAACCCCCAAUCAGAAUUCAAGCAGCGCAGAUGGAGCUCAAUGGUUUAUCCGAGGAAUCCUGCUGCAUUCAGGAGACGCAACGGACUGUUUGGAGUUCACAAAGGACCCUGGGAAGACCACACAACUAUUGAUCCACUUAGCAGGUUCCAUUAUCCUGGUAUGAGAGUAAACCGCCGUCGGCGACCAAUAAGGCCGGAAGAUGAGCCUAAUAGACAACAAAAUACAGCACAAGUCGCCACAGGAACGAUGUCUUCGGAAGAUCACUUUUCGCCGUUGGUGCAACGGCGAAAGCUCCUUCGACCCCGAAAACCGCCUGUGAUACCCUUCAACCGUGAUGAAUCCGAUGGUAGAGGAGUCGACACAGCAAGCGACGAAGCUCAAAAUACGAAUGCGGACGAUAGAGGAGAACAACCCCAUCUGAUCCCUUUCAGAUACUCUACUAACAACGGCUAUUAUCGACAGCCUCCGCGCCCGCAUGUAAACCCUUCGGGGAGUGACGCACCGAGUACCACGGAGGGUCUGUCCGACGAGACAACAGAGACAAAAGGUUAUAUCGAUUUGCCAGGUUAUUGGAAGCCUAUACGAGUCCCUCCUUACGGCUACAAUUAUCCCAGAUGGUACCAUGUUCAACGUACGAAGGGAGACGCUUUGAUUUCUUAUGACAAAGAAAAAAAUGAUGAAGAACAAUCAAUUGAGGAAGGAUUCUCAAAUCCUGGGUCGGUCGGACUCUUGCAAGGUCCAACCAAUGAGACCACCAAGGAGCUCGAGACAUCGAAGUCUUCAUCUAGCAAUGAAGACAGUAGUACAACGGAACAGGCAACUAAUUCGGGUUCGUUGAAUUUGCGAUCACACGUGACCCUGUCGCCAGCAUUUCCCACCAAAUCCCGAGGAUACCCGUUUCAGUUAGGUUUGCAGGGUCUAACAUCAGUAAGAGAUGGCUUGCCAUCGCAAAGACCGCGCAUGCCAUUCGAAAAACCUACUUUCGGUCCUUCGGGCGUUGCAGGGUCCACACCACAGCCAGAGAGACCGAUGGACUAUCAGACAUGGCUACGAAGACACCACGGAAAAAUGAACCACCUAACAGAACCUGUCACUGAUGAAGUGAGUGAAGUUACAACGCCAUCAGCUCCUGUCCUCGCACAGGCCACCUCUGUAUUACCUCAUGCUGAUGAAGCUACGCUAGCACCUACGUCCACAGCAUCGUCGACGGCGACCUUCCCAAUAUCGCCUUCACCGUCUGGUCGGCCGAUCACUGACGAGAACAAUGGCCAAACGCUUGUUGAGACCGUUACCUAUUCCUCACCGCCGUACCGUCCCUUUGAUUCUUCUAGGCCUGAAUCUUCGUCAGGCUAUCCCGCUAUAGCUAAACCCAUUGCAGAGGCUGGUCCUCCGAAGGUCCUCUCAACUUCAGCAACAUCCACAUUCUACACAAAUAUUAAAGAGGAUGGAGCUGCAAACCCGCAAAACAGGCGCCACAACAUUCAAGCAACCUUUAUUGGACCCGUAAGGCAUCACAAGCCUGGCGUCACUACAAUGCAGCCACACGAGAGUCAUCAUCAUCAGCAGCAGCAGCAGCAGCAGAAAAAAUAUUCACAAUCAUUUGAACGAAGUGAGGAGCAGCAGCGAAGUGCCUCUCAGCUAGAAGGCGUUCGUAGCAGAUACGCAUAUCCGGAGUUCCCUUCGAAGGUCGGAGAAGACCAAUCCGAAGGCCCUGCCCAAGCAGAUCAACAGGACAGGUUACGGGCCGGUGAAGUGGCCGGCGUGGUUAUCGGAAUAGUUUCUCUCAUUGCAACACUCGUUUGUUGCGUGAUCUUUCUCGUGCUCAAGAAGCCCCUGGCUGCCUCGGAAGAACCUGCUUUCUCUUCACCUGAACCGCCGAUUACCUCGCUUCAACGGACAUUUUCGGGAGGCGUUAAUAGAGCGAUGUUUGUCGGCGAUGUCAACUCACACGGUAUGGGAAUACCACCAGUGGGGGAUUUCGAUGGGGCAGAUGAAGACUCGAGAUCGUCACCGCCCCCUCCACGACCCCCGAGCAGCCAUACCUCACUUCUUUCGCCAGCUCAUCAUGGGCAAAGUCACACAGCUGGUCUUAAAGGUACGUUGAUGCAGUCUAUUCCCGAAUGGUCCUACUCACCGGCAAGUUCGAUCCGACUGUCAUUCGACGAGGUCCAACAGGCUGUUCAGGGACAGAGAAGCGGCAGGGAUCGAGAUUUUGGUCGUGGCCAGAGAGGUGGAGAACCUCCAGGAGGACACAACGGUCAGGCGCUUAGCCGAGCAGAAGUGAACCUGGCGCCGGAACAUCGAGAACCGCUAGCAAGACCAACAGGCUACAUUUGACCGACCCAACAGGUCUGUACGCUACUGCAAACAGGAUGGAAGCUAGAGCUGUCAUGAAGCGAUAUGAAAAUGCAGAGGCAAUAGCGAUGGUCUAUGCAGCAGCGGCUAUGCACCUCGCUUGUGUGCGAUCCCAUCUCACUGAAACAGCAAUCAACAGCCUGAGUCCGUUUCUGUUGAAGGAACAAACUCUGAGUCGACACCAUAAGAAAGGGAGGCUAAGCAUCAGCUGAGCAGAUGGUCAAACAUACAAUGUAGUUGUUUGAUACUCGACUCUAAGACGUUAUACACAAAUAUAUAUAUAUAUAUAUAUAUAUGUAUGAGAGCGAAAGGACUGAGGAGGAGUGCCGAAAACAA